UGCGGAUUUGUCGAUGGCUCUUCGGGAAACGGUGGAAGGAUUAAGGAGGAUAUUUUAUGAAGUACCGACGAAGCUGCUUUCACCGGCACGAGGCACGGAUAUGAGAGCUCGUAAAAGGGAAACGGCAAUGAGAUCUCUGCCAGCGUAGGCGUGAAGACAGACGAUGAGCCAGGAAGGAGGAAGAACGAGUCCAAGGUCUGUGGUGGGCCUCCUACGUGGCGGCUCAGGGACGUCGACAUGUAUAAAUGGUGUCUCGUGGAUCCUCUGAUCAGGAGCCACCACUUGUCACCUGUUUUUCGUGACAAAUAGAGAAGGCGGAGGGAAUUCGUGGGAAGAGAGGUGCAGUUUCUUUUAACCGCUUCAGCCCUACAUUCAGAGGACACCAUGACGGGCAAAGAGAUUCUCCACAAGAUGAAGGCGGUAGCUGGUUUCAGCAGUUCAUCAGACACAGGGAAAGGGAAGAGCAAGCAGUCCAGCAAACACAUCACUCAUGGGUUCCACUUAGUGAAAGGAAAAUCAAAUCAUGCUAUGGAAGACUAUGUUGUAGCAGAAUUUAGGAAAGUGAAGGAUUCUGAAUUGGGCUUGUUUGCAAUAUUUGAUGGCCACUUAGGUCAUGACGUGCCAAAUUAUCUGAAAGCGCAUCUCUUUGACAACAUUCUGAAUGAGCCCAACUUCUGGACAUACACAGAGGAGGCCAUCAAGAAUGCAUAUGAGAUAACUGAUGAGACGAUCUUGGAGAAGGCAGUUGAGUUGGGCAGAGGGGGUUCAACUGCUGUGACAGCUAUACUGAUUAAUGGGGAAAGGUUAGUGGUAGCAAAUGUGGGAGAUUCUCGUGCUGUAGUAUGUAAAAAGGGCAUUGCUAAACAGCUGUCCAUUGAUCACGAACCCAACAAAGAACGUAGGGCCAUUGAGAGCAAAGGCGGUUUUGUUACAAACAUACCAGGUGAUGUUCCACGUGUUGAUGGCCAACUAGCAGUAGCACGGGCUUUUGGUGACAGGAGCCUGAAGAAGCACCUCAGUUCAGAACCAUACGUAACAGACGUGAAGAUUGACAAUGACACUGAAUUUCUCAUACUUGCGAGUGAUGGGUUAUGGAAGGUAAUGUCAAACCAGGCAGCAGUGGAGGCAAUUAUGCAUAUCAAGGAUGCACAAGCAGCAGCGAAACACCUAACGGAGGAGGCUCUCUUAAAAAAGAGCAAGGAUGACAUCUCGUGCAUCGUAGUAAGAUUUCACUGACAAAUAUUCAGACGGGGGGCGACCAUGAACGGCACUUCAUUGCGUUGUUUCCUGUCAAUGGUCAGCCUUCAGUGAACCUUGUACCAAUAGCAUAAUUUGUAAAACGUCUGUGUGGUUCUUAUUAGUUUGUGAUAAUUGGUUGGUUUGUUCAUUA